CAAUGAUUGUCAGGAAAUAGUGAUAGUAACCGCCACCGGGACACGAAUAACUCCGCUUUUAGACAAGUAUCCAUUCAUUUCCAACCCCCCAGCAGCUCUGGUCGGGUGCCGGGAUGUCUGCGGAAGUGUGUCGGGAGACAGCGGAACAUCCCGGCGCGCUCAAGUUCGUGUCCGCGCUGUUUUACGCCGGCUGCUCGUUUCUCAUCACGGUGGUGAACAAGACGGUGCUGACGAGCUUCAGAUUUCCCUCCUACCUGUGUCUGGGAGUCGGACAGAUGAUCACCGCCAUCGUUGUCCUUUACUUGGCCAAAAGAAACAACGCAGUGCAGUUUCAAGACUUUGACAGAAGCAUCUUCUUAAAAAUUUUCCCUCUUCCCUUGCUGUACGUUGGGAACCAUGUAACAGGACUGGCAAGCACCAAGAAACUCAGUUUACCCAUGUUUACAGUCUUGCGGAAGUUCACUAUUUUGAUGACAAUGAUCUUGGAAGCGUAUAUACUAAGGAAAACAUUUCCAAGACGCAUCAUUUACAGUGUUGUGGCCAUAGUUUUUGGUGCCAUGGUUGCUGCGAGUUCUGAUCUGGCCUUCGAUGUGGAGGGCUACACUUUCAUCCUCCUCAAUGAUGCCUUUACUGCAGCCAGCGGUGUGUACACCAAGCAAAAACUUGACGCGGAGGGCCUUGGAAAGUAUGGUGUCUUAUUUUACAAUGCACUAUUCAUUGUCGUUCCCACUUUCAUGGCAAGUGUCUUCACUGGUGAUUUACAGAAGGUAAUUACAUUUGAAGACUGGGGGAACGUAACCUUUGUCUUCUGUUUCCUUACGUCCUGCUUUAUGGGAUUUGUGCUGAUGUACUCCAUCGUUCUGUGCAGUCAUUACAACUCAGCACUUACGACCACAGUAGUCGGGGCAAUAAAGAAUGUUGCUGUAGCGUAUAUUGGUAUCUUUGUUGGCGGAGACUACCUGUUUUCCUGGAUUAACUUCCUCGGCCUCAGCAUUUGCAUGUCGGGGGGUCUACUGUAUUCAUUCUUCACCUUUAACAAGAGCCUGUCGUCAGAAAGCAACUCAGAAGCACAGGAGCAAAAGAUUCACAUCACUGAAGACUCCUUGAGGAAGGACUGAGCUGCAUGUUUUACCAUUCACCACCUGGUGGCAUCGUUCCGCUCCAUAUUGGAGCACUGUGCAUAUUUUAAAAUCCGUGAACUGCUCUGAUUUCUAUUUAGUUCAACAUACAAAACAUGAAUAAAUUGACAAGAAUUGGAA